ACUAAAUAUGCCCGCGCGCAGUUGAACGUUAGUUUCACUUGUUACGUUGGUUUUAAUUUUCACCCGGAGCUAAGCGAACAUAAUAAAAUGGAGCGGAAACUGCACAGUGGAAUGCACCAUGCCACGCUGCGGCAGCUGCAGGAGUCGGGCUGCGAGAUAGCGCCGCACAAUCUCAUGUAUCCCGUGUUCAUCGUGAGCAACGACGACGAUAUCCAGCCAAUUGCCAGCAUGCCGGGAAUCUCGAGAUUCGGACUGAAUCGCCUGAAGGAGCACCUGGAGCCGCUGGUGGCCAAGGGACUGUCGUCGGUGCUGCUCUUUGGCGUCGUGGAGCCGGACAUGAAGGAUGAGCAGGCCUCCAAUGCGGAUUCAGCAAAGAAUCCAGUAGUUCUCGCACUGCCGAAGCUCCGGGAAUGGUUUCCGGAUCUGCUGAUAGCCUGUGAUGUGUGCAUCUGCCCGUACUCCUCGCACGGUCACUGCGGUCUGCUGGGCGAAACCGGGCUGGAGAACGGACCCAGCAUAAAGCGGAUAGCCGAAAUCGCCGUGGCUUAUGCCAAAGCUGGAGCCCACAUUGUCGCUCCAUCGGACAUGAUGGACAACCGGGUGAAGGCCAUCAAGCAGGCCCUCAUCGAUGCCCAGAUGAACAGUGUGUCCCUGCUGGCGUACUCCGCCAAGUUCACAUCCAAUUUCUACGGACCCUUCCGGGAGGCAGCACAAUCCGCACCGAAAUUCGGUGACCGGAGGUGCUAUCAGCUGCCCAGUGGCUCCAGAAGCUUAGCGAUGAGAGCCAUUCAACGUGAUGUCGCCGAGGGAGCAGACAUGCUGAUGGUGAAACCGGGAAUGCCCUAUCUGGAUAUCCUACGAUCCACAAAGGAUUCCUAUCCGUAUCACACGCUGUACGUCUACCAGGUGUCCGGGGAGUUCGCUAUGCUGUAUCAUGCCGCCAAGGCGGGCGCCUUUGACCUCAAGGAUGCCGUGCUGGAGGCCAUGAAGGGCUUUCGACGAGCUGGUGCCGAUUGCAUCAUCACCUACUACACACCCUUUCUGCUGGACAUUAUCGGAAAGGUCAAGUAAUGGUCUACCUCCCAUGUCCGAUGUCUUAAUACCAUGUUACGUAGAUUAGAGUGCACCUCUUGAAACCAUUAAUGGAAAAUGGAACUAUUUGUAACAGAUAGUGCAAUCUUUGUAGGAUUUUUGAAUUAUUUAUACGGAGCUCUCCAUACUUUAUACUUUAAUAAGCGAAAGAAUAAAUAUUGACUUGUAUUCAGGGACCAGGAAAUAAGACUCAACGGCUUUUACUUACAUCAAUAUAGAAGUUAUUUUAACACAUUAGCAUUUGUAUUCAAUAAAAGAAGUCCACUCUAAUCUCGAAUCACCAUUACUAGUGCUUUUGGAGUGCCUCGCUCACAUGCACGCCCAAACUAGAAUGUAUAUUUCGAUGGUCUUAUCUAUCGUCCGGAUUUGGAAGUCUAAUGUCCCAGGGUACAUUUCGAAUUUCAAUUGCAUGGCGAAAUUCAAGCGAACGAACCGAACCGGUCGAUCCAGUAGCCAGAAACCAAAAAAUGUUUCAUUUUGUGAUGGCAAUUAACACUUUAAUGUGGAACUCUCUCGAUUGCAUUUACAAAUGGGCUACGGUGAGCAUUGAACACUGGCUGGAGCUUACUUGCUAAAUUGGUACCAGUUUCGAGUCUUACGAAAAGAUUAAAAUCACAAAAUCAAAUGCAUUAAGUACAUAAACAAUUGGUGAACAUUGAGCAAAAAGGUUUGGGUACUAUUAGUUCUUAAAAAAGAUUAUCUGAUAAAUAAAUGUAUAUGGUUACAUAUCCUAAA